UAUAUAAGUGUCUAAAAGCCAAGAAGUGAAAAAAAAUAAAAAGCUUUUGGGAUUUCUGUUGCGUAGAUGUUUUGUGCAGCAUUGCUGGGUGUAACCCAAGAUCCUGCAGCAAAUAUAACCUAGUUGCUGAGCUGUGCCAUGGUCUGUUGUACACCAUCCAAGUCAAAACGUCUGAACAUGUAGUUUGCAAACUUAUAUGCUUAGAACUGUACGUUUUUUUCUUUCUAGAUAGCUAGAUGUGUACUUGUAUAAAUGCACAAAAAUAGAUAAGAUGUGCAAUGCAUUGCAAUAAACAUGUAGACAACAUAGACCUAAGUACACAACAAACUAUCGUUUGACACAGUAUCUAGUUAGUGCACAUUAUAUUGUAUAGAGAUGAAGUGAAUUAUCAACUUGCAUUCUGAGUCAGCAAAAUUAGUUAUUUAGUUAUAGCACGAGUGGUGUUUACAAAAAUGUAAAACUGCAAACUUUUUGCACGUUUGUAUUUAAGUAGCUGUCAUUUGUCAGAAGUCAACGUCGUGAAGUCUUAGGACCAAAUGACUUAAAAGUAAACUGCAAACCUGUUUUCCUCGUGUAUUUAUGCGUUUAAAACGCUAUAGAGCGUGUCUCUUUUAACCUUGCUGAAGGACGCAGCUGUAUUUAUUGACGUAUGCAAAUUGAGGGGCGGGGCUUGAGAGAAAAAACAGGAACAAGAAUCAGUUUCUCAUUUCUGUCUGGAGUUCCGGUGAGAGAAAAACGAGACGUGGCGAAAAUUGGUGAAUAUCGGUGACCUCCGAGCUUUUCUCUCCUUUAUUCGUGUUGCGAGGGGGACAAAACCGGAGUACAGACAGAUCCUGGUAGCUACAUGGCUGAUCAGGGGCUCAUUAAUAAUAAAAAUCCCAUCCCGAUCGGUGUGAUCAAUAAUAACUGAUCAUCUGUGUUUCAGCUCAAAACAUGCAGGAUGAUUUACUGAUGGACAAAAGCAAAGCUCAGCCUCACCAGCAUCAAGAGCCGUCAAAUACAGAGCCUCCAUCCACCCCGACCCCCUCCGAGCCUCCGAUCCUGGACGAGCAGAACCACGUCGGUCACUCCGAGCGGGUCGCCAUGGAGUCUCCGGUCUUACCGGGUUUGGGUUUCCCUCAGGAUUCCUCCCUCUCGCCGUCGUUCGGCAACACUUGGUCCACCAACACCGUAGACGAAGGCUUUUUCCAAGGGAUUCCGUCGGUGAACGGGACGAUGCUUUUUCAAAACUUUCCCCAUCACGUCAACCCGGUGUUCGGAAGUAAUUUUUCCCCGCAGAUGAGAAGGUCUCCGCUGAGUGUGAACCAGAGGAACCCCUACAGCCACCAGACGCUCAUCAAUAAAGUGUCCGCAUCGUCCGCUUCUUCGUCCGCCUGGAAUAACCAUCAGAACGCGGUGUGGAGCUCCGCGGCGAACCCCUGGAGCGGCAGAGACCCGCGGAGAGCGCUCGGGCUCGGGCUGGGCGUCCCGUCUCCGCUCAACCCCAUCUCCCCGACGAAGAAGCCCUUCCCGAGCAAUGUCAUCGCGCCCCCGAAAUACCAGAGACCCGGCGCCCUCCAGAAGCCUUGGAUGAUCUCAGAGCCUCCGGAACCUUUCAGAACCGACAACAGCAACAACAUGCUGCCCUUUCAGGAACGAAACCGACCCUUUGACCCAUUCAACUUGCAAACUUUGGAGAAUUCCUUAAUGGACAUGAUUGGAACAAACCAUGACAAAGGUAAACAUCAUCCUGCUGCUGGCCCACCAAUGACUAUCGCUGAUAUUAUAUGGAGGAAUCAUUUUGCAGGUCGCAUGGGUCUCAACUUUCACCAUCCAGUAGCUGAACAUAUAUUACCACUGAACUGUCGCUCUUCACUGUUUCCUUUCGAGGACGGCUUCCUGGACGACGGUCAUGGGGAUCAGUCGCUGACCCCCGGACUGAGCUCACCCACCCGCUGUCAGAACGGAGAAAGGAUGGAGCGCUACUCCAGGAAGGUGUUUGUCGGUGGACUGCCACCCGACAUCGAUGAAGAUGAGAUCACCAACAGUUUCCGUCGCUACGGUCACCUGGUGGUGGACUGGCCUCAUAAAGCAGAAAGCAAAUCCUAUUUUCCCCCUAAAGGUUACGCUUUCCUGCUCUUCCAGGAGGAGAGUUCGGUCCAGGCUCUCAUUGAUGCCUGCAUUGAGGAGGACGGGAAACUCUACCUUUGUGUCUCGAGCCCUACUAUUAAAGAUAAACCAGUCCAGAUUCGCCCGUGGAACCUGAGUGACAGUGAUUUCGUGAUGGAUGGCUCUCAGCCUCUUGACCCACGCAAGACCAUUUUUGUGGGAGGCGUUCCACGACCUCUAAGAGCAGUGGAGCUGGCUAUGAUCAUGGACAGACUGUAUGGAGGUGUGUGUUACGCCGGCAUUGACACUGACCCAGAACUCAAAUACCCUAAAGGUGCGGGCCGUGUGGCCUUUUCCAAUCAGCAGAGCUACAUCGCUGCCAUCAGCGCCAGAUUCGUCCAGCUGCAGCAUAAUGACAUUGACAAACGGGUGGAGGUGAAGCCGUACGUGCUGGACGAUCAGAUGUGCGAUGAAUGUCAGGGCGCUCGCUGCGGAGGAAAGUUCGCCCCUUUUUUCUGUGCCAACGUCACCUGUCUGCAGUAUUACUGCGAGUACUGCUGGGCGAGCAUCCACUCGCGCGCCGGCCGUGAGUUCCACAAACCGCUGGUGAAGGAAGGCGGAGAUCGACCUCGGCACGUGUCCUUCCACUGGAGCUGAUGCCGAGAGUCACGUCACCCUCUCCAGCCACCCAACACCUUCAACACCAUGACCAGUAACCGCACACGGAUCUCCCCUCUCAGCUUUUGUUUUUAGAAAACAAAUAUCAUGAUAUCUCUGUCCACUAUAUUCUCUGCUUACAAACACUUAGGAAAAUAUGAAUUUUGAGUCUGCGUGCUCAAACGUUGCACUUUGGCACAAACAGUCGAUGUUAAUGCUUAAUCAGGAUGUUGUGCUUUAA